AAAGUAAGAGAGACUGCAACUCGCUUCUUCAGCACUAGAAUCCAAACCGAGCCUUUUAUACCCGCUGACUGACCUUGCUUUCUACUCCCAUCUACUGCUUUUUUUUCCCUUCCCAACCUCAUCUGAUAGUCUAAUCACUUGUCACCCCGUACGCCCUGCGCAUUGAUUGAACCCUGGCGGCAUCCGAUCUGUGAUCUAUACUUGUUGCACCCACAAGUCAGGCACGCCCUUUCUUUGAUCAUAACAACAAAUGCCAGUAGUCCCAGAAGAAGACGAACAUUCCAUGGACUCCAACUUUGACGACUUCAUCAAUUGGGACAAUGCCGAGCCUACCCUGGCCAAUGUUGCUUCUAGCAUGGACUUUGUGCCGACAACGGCUGACGGCACGCUCGGACAGUUGAACGGUCUAGAUUUGGACUCCCCAUUCUUGAAUUUCCCUCAUCUCGGAGCAGACAACAAUGCUCUGUUUGAUAACGAACUUCUGGAAUCGAGUCUCGGUCAGUCACAUCUCGACUUCCGUGACCACUUCACAGACCCCUGCCUCCACUGCAAGACCAAUGGAUACGACUGCAAGAGGAUCAGGGAGGGCACGCACAAGGAUUGUUGUACAAGCUGUGUGGCACUUAGUAUGGACUGCAGCCUAGUGUCCACAGAGACGCCUUCUCGCAGUGGCUCCUCCUGGUCACUCUUCGGCCCGCGAUCCGUUGGCGACUCCCAGAAACAGGUCGAGGGUGCAUGUUCUGGCACCACAGAAUCUGCUAGCCCCGAAACUCCAGAGCAAAAGGCCGACACCAGAGCAAGGUCGAUAGGAUCAGGGUCAGCCAAGGUUGGAGCCCGCCUGUCCAAGGACUCAGUAAAGGUUCUCAAAGCGUGGUUCGCAAACCACAGCAAGCACCCUUACCCGACAGAGGAGGAGAAAGAGUCUCUUCAGCGUCUCACUCAGCUCACCAAAGUCCAGAUCACGAACUGGCUGGCUAACUACCGCCGGCGGAACAAGAUGGCACGCCCACGCUCCACUUCACCAAGUGUGCGCAAUUUCACGCUUGGUGGAAUGGAUAUACCCCAGAGAAGGGCCACACCGGCACCCAUGGAUCGCCGCCUGAGACCUUCCCAUUACGAGAACAUGAACCCCCUUGAACGUUGGAAGAACUCGCCCCCGGAGAACGAACCGGCCUCCGUCAACGAUAUCGCAAGGGCUGUUUCUUCAGCUUCUACAGCUGUCUCUUCUGGAUUUGAGACACCUCGGAGCUUCAACCUGACAGAUGACUCGCGCUCCCUAGGCCACGGCUCCUCGGUGAGCAGUUUGGGCACAUCGCGUACAUCACAGAGCAGUGCCGCCGGAUCAUUUGCUUCUGCUUACUCUCACGGCUCUCGAAACUCACUUGGAUCUUUCGGCUCACUCGACAGGGGAAGGAGACGAAGGCGAAGACGUGCUUUGCCAACUAUGUCGAAUCAACCGACCAGGUCUUUACUCACGCAGCCGGCCAACACGUAUCAAUGUACCUUUUGCCCGCAGACUUUCAAAGCCAAAUAUGACUGGCAAAGACACGAAAAGUCGCUCCAUAUAUCUUUAGAAAGCUGGGUUUGUGCUCCAAAGGGAGCCAAAGCCUUCAACCCAGAAACAUCCAGGAUAGAGUGCGUGUUCUGCUCGGAACCCAACCCUACUCAAGAUCACCUCGAAACACACAACUACAGCGUCUGUCAGGAAAAGGUUUUAUCCGAAAGAACAUUUUACCGGAAAGAUCACCUACGGCAACACCUGAGGCUGGUCCACAACACAAAGUUCAUGAACUGGGCGAUGUCCAAGUGGGAGCAAAAGCACGAUGAGCUGGAGUCUAUUUGCGGGUUUUGUGGUUUACGUAUGACAACAUGGACAGCCCGUGUCGAGCACCUGGCCGCUCAUUUCAAAGCUGGGAGCUCCAUGGCAGAAUGGAAAGGUGACUGGGGGUUCAGUCCGUCUGUGCUUGACAAGGUGCAGAAUGCCAUUCCACCAUACAUGAUCCACGAGGAGAGAAUAUCCCCCUGGCCCUAUAUUGCAACUCACCCGAUGCCUGAGAGUCCGAUCCACGCAUACGAGCUUCUGAAAACGGAGCUCGUAUACUGGACACAAGGCUCCAGAGAGCAACACUCUACUUUUACAGACGAUGAGCUUGUCCACGAGGCAUGCCGGGUCAUCUUCGGGGCUGAAGUGCUUUCUCGAAAAGGCAUAGCUUCCGCCCCCUCGUGGCUACGUGAUGUGAUCAUGAGCAAUGAGAAAAUCACACAACAGGCGCGGCACUCUCCAAUUCGCUCCGGUGCAGAUUCUCAUGUCAGUAUACUCAGGAUUAAUGGCAAGGACAACAUAUUUGAGGCGUGCCCUCUUGAGCACAAACUCCUUGAAUACGUCAACUCGAGGACUUUGCUUGGGCUGACUCCCACCGACGGCGAGCUUCAACUGGAAUGCUGCAGAAUCCUUGGCCACUUUGAAGAGACGUCAUCAAGUCCAUCCGAUCUGGUGGGAAACCUGCUUGUGAGGCUGGUGAUGGGAUCCAAAAGCUGGUUAGCAGAUUUUAGAAGAAGAGCACGACUGCCUCGAUCCGAGGAAAUGAUAGAUGAAGACCGACGCCCAACCGAUGGCAGAUCGCUCGACUCAUCCAUCCACAGUUUCUCCAGGCUCGAGAGAGAAUUGGCCCAGCACGUUCGGUCCCAAAGGGCAAAGGGAAUCGAGCCUGAUGGUCCAGACCUGCAAAGGACUGCUCGUAUCAUCAUCUACGGAAAUGACGAUGGCUGGAAUCAAACUGCCGCGGACUCUCCCGAGUGGCUCGGCGCCUUUAGAGAACGGAUGCAGGAGGCAGGCUCAAGAGCCGUUUUGAAGCUUGAUGAUCCCCUUCACCACCUUUUCGAUCCCGACGCAGAAAUGAUUGCUCUGCAGAACGCGUUGGCUACCCAGGAGAGCAACACAGGUUCACCAAAAAACGCAGUUACCACGACCGAAACUGCUCCAAAUGCCUCACCAGUUGGUCGAUGUGCUCGAUCCGUUCCUUUCUUUAUACAUGACCUCAACUGUUACAAGAGGUUGAAAAGGGAACUGGGCCGGUGGAGUGCGUCGGUUAUGUCGCCUAACAACCCAAAUCAGCAUGUUCCAUCAGACGCGGAACUCCAGCAUCAGGCGCGCUGGAUCCUGUAUGACGAUGACGACCCUUGGAACGUAACAGCAGCCGACAACUUUGAGUGGCUGCAACGAUUCAAACGUGACCACAAAAUAAUUAGUGACGACUCUGGUCCCGGUCUCCCUGAUUCCGUGGGCUGGCAUCUGAAUCAAGGUGGUACAGGCUUUGCUCCUCCAUAUGCGUAUCCAGCCGCAGCGAUUGAGGGAACUGGUGGCUGCGGCAGCGGGGAAGGUACUGUAGAGAUCCCCGUACGCGUUGGCGCAAAACCUUUUCAAGCCGACCAGAGAGCGGUCGACAGCUAUCUGCAAGGCUUCAAGACCCGAUACCCGCGACCUCCUGCAGUUUUCUGCUCGAGGGAACUGGAGGGUGGCUUGACCGAGUUCGUGCAAUCGCAGCAGGUGACUACGGGCGCCCCGCCUUCGGAUGAGAUGCUCAGGGCCAAGGCGAGGGAGAUACUUGGCACCGAGACAACUCCGGCCGACGAUGCCGUGUUGUUGGAGAGGUUCAAGGCGAUUUUCCAACCAAACAAUGCUGCGAUCGAUACGUCCGGGACGGAAUUGGACUUUUCGCUAAUGCCGGGCAUGCAGGUGCCACUGCCGGAGGUUGAUGCUACGUUUGCAAUGCAAGCGGCGGAGAUGACCGAUAAUGCGUUUGAUGGUUCCAUGAUGACGUAUGAUUUUGGGACACAGGACACUAUGGAUCUGGUGCAGAGUCCAAGCCAGCUUUUUGACAUGUAGUUGAACGGAGUUGUUUUAUUGUAUGGGGAUGCAUACUUUACAAAGGGGUCACUCCUUAAUGAAAUUCUGGAUAAACAAGAACAUAUAAAAUAACAGAUAAGAUAUGCAAAGAGGGCAAAAAUAUAUGAGUCAAAAAUACGACAUGAUC